UAAUCUCCUCUCAUAUCAUUAUCUCGCCUACCCCGGCCGGCCCUUUGACUUGCUCUGCCUCCCUUCCUGCAUACAACACCACGAGCAAGCUCCCGUCGCCGGAGCUUCCUUGCAUCGAUGAACAAGAUCAAGGUGCACCCCAACGUCGCUGCUGCUUCUCUGGCACUACCAGCGGCGGAGGAGAAGGGAGAGGCCGUGUCGCUGACCGUGUGGCGCCGGUCGCUGCUGUUCAACGGCAAGGGGUUCACCGUGUUUGACACCAACGGCAACCUCGUGUUCCGCGUCGAGACGCACUCCCGCGGCUCGCCCCGCGAGGUCGUCCUCAUGGACGCCCACGGCGUCGCCAUCCUCACCGUCCGUCGCAAGAAGCUGAGUCUGGCGGAGGAGUGGCUCGUCUACGACGGCGACGGCGACGAGCCGGCGCCCAGGCGGUUCACGGCGCGGCGGAACAGGAGUUUGCUCCGGACCAAGUCCCUCGCUCGCCUGUCGCCGCCGCGAUCGUUGGACGGCACUGGGGAUGCGCCUGGCUGCCGGUACGAUGUGGAGGGCUCGUACGCCGGCCGCAGCCUCGACAUGUUCGCCUGCACUUCCUGCGCCUCGGGCGGCAACCAGCGGCAGCGCGUGGCGACGGUGUCCCGGAAGGAGGCCGCCGUCGGCCCGGACGUGUUCCGGCUGAUGGUGGAGCCGGACUUGGAGCCGGCGCUGGCCAUGGCCGUGGUCAUACUCCUGGAUCAGAUGAACGCGUCCUAACUAAAGCCUCGAUCCAGAGUUCCAGACACGACUUGCAGGCAGCACCCUGCCGUGCCAACUCUGCCGUGUACAGAGUUUCCAUGAUUUCCUGAAACAGAAAACAGUAAAGAAGAGAGGGUAGCUCGGAAGCAAUUUGUGGUUGCUUCAUUGCUCAAAAUGCGCCCAUUUUUUUGCUUCACGUACGGUUCUCUUAAUGGCCUCAUCACGAAUGAGCCAAAGGAGAUGACCGGCGGAAGCAUUUCUACCGAGUGGUGCCAUGUUGCCAUGUUUUGGAUUCAGUAUGUAGAGGUGUUUUGGAUA